AUGUCCAGUGGGGGAAGGUUUAAUUUUGAUGAUGGAGGGUCGUACUGUGGAGGCUGGGAGGACGGAAAGGCUCAUGGCCAUGGAAUCUGUACCGGCCCCAAGGGUCAAGGUGAAUAUUCGGGCUCCUGGAGUCACGGAUUUGAGGUGCUGGGGGUCUACACUUGGCCCAGUGGCAACACUUACCAGGGCACCUGGGCCCAGGGCAAACGCCAUGGCAUUGGCAUGGAGAGCAAAGGGAAGUGGGUGUACAAAGGAGAGUGGACCCACGGAUUUAAGGGACGCUACGGGGUCCGUGAAUGCACUGGAAAUGGGGCCAAGUAUGAAGGCACCUGGAGCAAUGGAUUACAGGAUGGCUAUGGGACAGAGACCUACUCGGAUGGAGGCACGUACCAGGGCCAGUGGGUCGGGGGGAUGCGCCAGGGUUACGGCGUCCGUCAGAGCGUUCCCUACGGCAUGGCUGCGGUCAUCAGGUCACCCCUGAGGACAUCCAUCAACUCCCUGCGCAGCGAGCACACCAACGGCACCGCGCUCCACCCCGACUCCUCCCCGGCCGUGGCCGGCAGCCCCGCCGUCUCCCGGGGAGGCUUCGUCCUCAUGGCCCACAGCGACGCCGAGCUCCUCAAGAGCAAGAAGAAAGGGAUCUUCCGACGGUCGCUGCUGAGCGGGCUGAAACUCCGGAAAUCCGAAUCCAAGAGCUCCUUGGCCAGCCAGCGCAGCAAGCAGAGCUCCUUCCGGAGCGAAGCCGGGAUGAGCACGGUCAGCUCCACCGCCAGCGACAUCAACUCCACCAUCAGCCUGGGGGAAGGGGAAGCCGAGCUCUCUGUCAUCGAGGACGACAUCGACGCCACCACCACCGAGGUCUACGUGGGGGAGUGGAAGAACGACAAGAGGUCGGGGUUCGGGGUGAGCCAGCGCUCCGACGGGCUGAAGUACGAGGGGGAGUGGGCCAACAACAAGCGCCACGGCUACGGCUGCAUGACCUUCCCCGACGGCACCAAGGAGGAGGGCAAGUACAAGCAGAAUGUCCUGGUCAGCGGGAAGAGGAAGAACCUGAUCCCCCUGCGGGCCAGCAAGAUCCGGGAGAAGGUGGAUCGGGCCGUGGAGGCGGCCGAGAGGGCGGCGACCAUCGCCAAGCAGAAAGCGGAGAUCGCGGCCUCCAGGACCUCUCACUCCAGGGCCAAGGCGGAGGCAGCGGUGACAGCGGCACAGAAAGCUCAGGAGGAAGCACGGAUCGCCAGGAUCACUGCCAAAGAGUUUUCACCUUCCUUCCAGCACAGGGAGAACGGGCUCGAAUGCCAGAGACCCAAGCGCCAGAACUCGAGCGAUGACAUCGAGGUCCUCUCCACGGGGACCCCUCUCCAACAAGAGAGCCCCGAACUCUACCGCAAAGGGACCACCCCGUCCGACCUGACCCCUGAUGACAGCCCCUUGCAGAGCUUCCCUGCCAGCCCCUCUUCCACCCCUCCCCUGGCUCCUUCCUGCAGGAACAAGAGUGCUCACUUCUCCAGGCAGGUCUCGGUGGAUGAAGAAAGGGGUGGGGAGAUCCAGAUGCUGCUGGAGGGCCGCGGCGGGGAUUACUUGCGCCCCAACAGCUGGGGUGAAGAGAAGGUUGGGGGGACCCGUGGGGUGAGGAGUGGGACGCUGAGGAGCGGCCAGCUGGGCUCAGCCUCUGUCCCUGAAGAUUACAGAGGUCGGAGUGGAGGACACAAACACUCGGCCUCCAACCACAAGCAGAGAGAGAGGUGGACAGAUUCCCCGGCCGCCGUUUCCUGGACUUCCCACCACAGGUCCCACAACCACAGCUCAGGGAGCUCCAAACUGCUCGAGCUGGAUGAGGAGAAGAUGAGCAAUUACGAGAUGGAGAUGAAGCCCCUCAUGAGGAUGGAUUCUUAUAUGCAAGAGGUUCACACCCAAAAAAGACACUAUAGCAAAGGGGGACCCUGCAGGAGCGUGGCCGAUGACCACCGCGGGGAAGACCGGAGCUUCGGGGUUCAGAGACUGAGGUCUAAGUCCCAGAACAAAGAGAAUUUCAGGCCAGCUUCCUCUGCUGAGCCCACGGUGCAGAAACUGGAAAACCUGAGAUUCGGGGACAAAGCUGAACCUCGGCUACUAAGGUGGGACUUAACCUUCUCCCCACCACAGAAAUCUUUACCUGUUGCACUAGAAUCCGAAGAGGACAAUGGGGAUGCGCUCAAAUCCAAUACGGGCUCAGCUCCUAUCCUGGUAGUCAUGGUGAUCUUACUAAAUAUUGGAGUCGCCAUUUUAUUUAUUAACUUUUUCAUCUAAUUCAAGACUGUCUCGUUUGCAGAAAUAACAGUUACAUGUAUGAAUGGGGGAAAAAACAACAAAAAAAAACAAACAACAAACAACAACAAACAAACCAAACAGCAACAACAAAACAAAAA